AAUAUAAAUUAAUUUUGUGGUAACUUUAACUAAAAGUAAUAAUGAGUAAUAAUAUCCAAAAUAUACCAGUUUGUGAAAAUAAAAUUAACACACACUUUGGUCCUAAAUCAAUAAUUAGCAAUGGUGGGUUUGGAGCUGUGUAUAAAACACAGUCUAUUCAGGAUAAUACACAAUAUGCUAUUAAGAAAAUUACUAUACAAGACCUCAAAGGGAACGGGAGGUCCGGCCGUACUUUACAUACAAAUGGAGCUAUGCUCAUUCAACCUACAAUACGUGACCCAGCUCAAAAAGACCUGUUUCAAAACUCAGCCAUAUAAGGGUGUCGGUCACGUGGAGUACUUCAUAGCAUACCAUUUGUUCAAGGAGAUUUUAGAAGCUGUAGACUAUUUACAUACUCGGGUCCCGCCUAUAAUUCACCGGGAUCUAAAACCGACAAAUAUUUUAGUGCUGCUUAAUUUGGCUCAAAAACGGUGUAUUAAGCUUGGUGGGUUUGGUUUGGCUACAGUACAUAAAUCGGCAUCCCAGUCCCAUACAAGAGGUGUUGGUACCCACAAAUACAUAGCGCCUGAAGUGGCCAGUGGGAGGACCUAUAAUACAAAGGCUGAUGUCUAUAAUCGCAAAAUAGAGUACAGGGAGAUUAAAAUACUAUCUAAACUGAACGACGAAUACGUGAUCAAAUAUUAUGACUCUUGGCGGGAAUCAGAGCAAGGACAGGGCGACCCAAACGAACUGUACAUUCAAAUGGAAUUGUGCUCGUUCAAUUUGGGCGAGUUACUUGUUAAAAAAAAUACUUACUUCAAUUCCGCGCUUUAUAUGAGCUCAGGAUUGGGUAUGGAGUAUUUUAUAGCAUACCAUUUGUUCAAGGAGAUUUUAGAGGCUGUUGAAUACGUUCAUACCCAAGAACCGCCUAUAAUUCACCGCGAUCUAAACCCUAGAAACAUUUUGAUUUUGUUUAAUUUGGAGCAUAAUCGGUGUAUUAAGCUUGGUGAUUUUGGCUUGGCGAAAGAACAGACCUCGGAAUCGCAAACGAAUACGGGAUGGGUUGGCACGAGGAAUUACAGGGCUCCUGAAGUUGAAAGAGGCACCAAAAAAUAUAAUACAAAGGCUGAUAUCUAUAGUAUUGCCAUAUUUACCGAUGAAUUAUUUAAUUUUGAUGUACAUGAUGAUGCGAAUAUAGAGAACCGGGAGAUCGACAUACUGUCCAAACUUGACGCCAAUUAUGUAGUAAAAUAUUAUGACUCAUGGCUGGAGACCUCUAUGGGAACGGGAGGUCCGGCCGUACUAUACAUACAAAUGGAGUUAUGCUCAUUCAACCUACGAUACGUGACCACGCUCAAAAAGACCUGUUUCAAAACACAGCCUAAUAAGGGAGAUUUAAUGGAGUUAUGCUCAUUCAACCUACGAUACGUGACCACGCUCAAAAAGACCUGUUUCAAAACACAGCCUAAUAAGGGUGUCGGUCACGUGGAGUACUUCAUAUCAUACCAUUUGUUCAAGGAGAUUAUAGAGGCCGUAGACUAUCUACAUACACGGGUACCGCAAAUAAUUCACCGGGAUCUAAAACCGGCAAACAUUUUAGUGCUGCUUAAUUUGGCUCAAAAACGGUGUAUUAAGCUUGGUGACUUUGGUUUGGCUAAAGUACACGCAUCGGCGUCCCAGUCCCAUACCAGGGGUGCCGGUGCCCAGAGAUACAUAGCGCCUGAAGUGGCCAGUGGGCGGUCCUAUAAUACAAAGGCUGAUGUCUAUAGUAUCGGUAUUUUUGUGGAGGAGUUGUUUAACAUUGAUAUUAAUAAGUCAACAGAAUAUCCCGGGUUAAUCGACUUAAUGAACGAGAUGUUAACGUACGUGUAUGAUAAAAGACCUAGCUGCCACGAUAUAUUGCAAAAGAUUAAACACCCUGAUAUAUUGUAUGAUAUUAAUCGGGACCAGGAGCUUUUGGACGCCUCCCGGAGCGGCAACUACCCGCUGGUCGAGAAGAUUUUAAGCUACCGGUCCAAAAAGUCCGGCCCCUUGGCC